AGUGCGCCCCCAGUUCUUUGACUUUACCUUUUCUUCAUCAAUUAAUGUGAUCAAUCAUCAAUAUCCAUAAAAGCUUCGAGCUUGAGAGAAACCCAGAAGUUGAGCUCCACACUCACCAUGCCUUCCAGAUCCAUCCUUUCCAGUCCCAACCCUCCAAGUCCAAGUUUUUUCAUUAAAACCAGAGUCAUCUUCCUCGCCCUCACAAUCUCAGCGUCUGUUGUAAUUGUAUGCUCGCUCAUAUACUUUCUUUACCACUUAUGGCAUUCCAUGGUACACAGAGCUAAAACUAUCCCCUUUGAUUCGAGUGCUCCUUUGAAGCUGGAAAGAUUCUCGUACAAAGAACUGAAGCAGGCCACCAAUGGCUUUGACGCCGCCAAUGUAAUUGGUAAAGGAGGGUCUGGAACUGUCUUCAGAGGAACCCUUAAAGACGGGAAAUUGAUUGCAAUUAAGAGGCUAGACGCCUUGUCUUUACAAACAGAGCGAGAGUUUCAGAAUGAGCUUCAGAUUCUAGGUGGGUUAAGAUCUCCUUUUAUUGUGACCCUUUUGGGGUAUUGUGUGGAGAAGAACAAGAGAGUGUUGGUGUAUGAUUACAUGCCCAAUAAAAGCUUGCAGGAGUCUCUGUUUGGAGAUGAUGGGUGUUUGAGUUUGAGCUGGGAGAGAAGAUUCCACAUCAUUCUGGAUGUUUCUAGAGCCUUGGAAUUCUUGCACCUUGGUUGUGAUCCUCCAGAUCAUGGGGAUGUUAAGCCGAGCAAUGUUCUUCUUGAUUCAGAGUUCCGUGGGAAGAUUUCAGACUUUGGAUUGUCAAGGAUCAAAGUGGAGAAUGAAUUUGGUGUGGAUUUGUUUAGCCAGGACUUGGGGAAGAGUCAAGAGCUAUGGAAGAGCGAAGAGCUUUCAGGUAAUUUAACUGCUGAAACCCCAACUCCAGCUAUUGGUACACCAGUUGAGAGUGUUAAUGAAGUAGAUUUUGCUUUAGCUUUGCAAGCAUCUUCUUCAUCUAAAAAUAGCAAGACAUGUUUUAAUGUUAAAGCUUUGAGCUUGAAUUCUUUCAAUUAUAAUGCCAAUAUUGCCAAUGAGAGCGAAAUCAGGAGUUGUAAUGCAAAGGGAAAGGAAAUAUCAACUCUAGAUAUUGGUGGAGUUGACUGGAACCAGAAAUUUGUUCCUUAUGAUGAUGAGUUUUCUAGCAUUGAUCACAGUAAGGAAUUAAGUACUGUAAAUGCUUCUUCUGUGGAUGAAGUGAAAAUAAAUGGGAAACAAUGGGGAAAGGAUUGGUGGUGGAGACAGCAUGGAACUGAUGAAUUAUGUAGUAGAGACUAUGUGAUGGAGUGGAUAGGGAGUCAGAUUGGUCCAUCGAACCCAGAUUGGGUAGAAGAAAAGAAGAACAUUAAUGAAAAAGCCGAGUUGGAAACUUCAAGUCCAGUGGAUCAUAAACCAGAUGAAGCAAAUGGCCAAUUACAAGCAUUUGGAGGGGGUGAUACAGAUAAUGUGGUUGAGAAGAAAGAAGCAAGGGGGAAGAAAAACCGAAAGAAAAAGCCCAGGAAGAUGCAGGAAUGGUGGAAAGAAGAGCACCUUGCAGAACUAAGCAAGAAGAGGAGUAAGCUGAAGAAUCUUCAAACCAAGUGGAAGAAAGGCUUGAAAGUGCCACAUUUUGACUUGGGAAGAAGGUUUUAUCUUUGCAGGCGAAGAAACUUCACUGAAGAAGCUCAGGAUGAGAGCGAUCAAAAUGGCGAGUUCAGUUUCAGAAGAGGUUGGAGGAAGAAAAGUACUCGUUCCAUUGGCAGCGACAUGUGGAGUGGAGAUCUUUUCAGCCGCGAGCUCAGCAGCACAACCAGUAUGAGAGGAACACUGUGUUAUGUUGCACCAGAAUAUGGAGGGUGUGGAUACUUAAUGGAGAAAGCUGAUAUUUACAGUUUAGGAGUUUUGAUCCUUGUGAUCGUGUCUGGUAGAAGACCAUUACAUGUUCUUGCAUCUCCCAUGAAGCUAGAGAAAGCCAACUUAAUAAGCUGGUGCAGGCACUUGGCUCAUUCUGGUAACAUUUUAGAACUAGUAGAUGAGAGACUGAAAGAUUACAACAAGGAGCAAGCAAGCUUGUGCAUCAACCUGGCACUUGCUUGCUUACAGAAAAUUCCAGAAUUGAGGCCCGAAACCGGGGAUAUUGUCAAGAUUUUGAAGGGCGACAUGGACCUUCCACCGCUGCCAUUCGAGUUUUCACCAUCUCCUCCUUCCAAGUUUUACAGCAAAUCAAGGACAAAACAAAAGAAAACUACAGAAUAGGCUUUUGCAAUUUCAUCAGCUCAUGCUUAGUGCAGUUCAGAACACAAAGUUGAAACGGAGUGCAUUGUAAAAUUUGUGUUGUGCUGUAUGUAUAUGAGAUAAUUAUUUAUGCUUUUGCCCCACUAAACCGAUGCAUUAACUUAAUUUGAUGACUGAAAAUUCCUUGGCAUUCCCUCUGCGUAAUGGUUUGUGUUAGAGAACAUGUUCUGCCCUUCACUGUAAAGGACAAGGUUUUCUCUGCUUGGUAACAGAAAAAACAUUCAUCAGA